GGGCGGCUAGACGCGGGCUAUGACGGCCGGGGGCUGCGGCUACCAGUUCCGGAUCGCGCUGCUGGGGGACGCGGCCGUGGGCAAGACGUCGCUGCUGCGGCGCUAUGUGGCAGGCGCGCCCGGGGCCGCGGAGCCCGAGCCCGAGUCCGAGUGGGCGCCCACGGUGGGCGUCGAGUUCUACAGCCGCAAGCUGCAGCUGCGAGCCGGGCCGCGCGUCAAGCUGCAGCUCUGGGACACCGCGGGCCACGAGCGCUUCAGGUGCAUCACCAGGUCCUUCUACCGGAAUGUGGUGGGUGUCCUCCUGGUCUUUGAUGUGACAAACAGGAAGUCCUUUGAACAUAUCUGCGACUGGCACCAGGAGGUCAUGGCCACUCAGGGCCCGGACAAGGUGAUCUUCUUACUGGUUGGCCACAAGAGUGACCUGCAGAGCACCCGCUGCGUCUCGGCCCAGGAGGCAGAGGAGCUGGCUGCCUCCCUGGGCAUGGCCUUCAUGGAGACCUCCGCCAAAAAUAACUGCAAUGUGGACCUGGCCUUCAGCACCCUUGCUGACGCCAUCCAGCAGGCCCUGGAUCAGGGGGACAUCAAGCUGGAGGAGGACUGGGGGGGCGUCCGGCUCAUCCACAAGACCCAAGUCCCCAGCGCCCCCCCCAGGAAGCAGCCCCCAGGUCCAUGCCAGUGUUGACUCUGGGAGGGAAAGGGUUAAAGCAGUGCCAACCUUAGAAGUGCUGCUGGGAUGGGGAGUGUCUCAGUAUCUUUAUGGAGAGCAAAGGGCCAAGUGUAGCCAAAGGGUUAAUAUAAACAGUAUCCUA